CGUAAUUAUUUAUUCCCGCGUCUAUAAACAUUAUUAUGGUGAUUAUCUGAUUGUUUCCGCUCAUGGUUUAUCGUGAGAUUCGAUUAUGUGCAGUGUUAUGAUUGUGUACAUGGGUGAGGAUGUCACUUUAAGAAAUCCAACGCGGAACCCGGAAGUUGUUGACCAUUCUGGCUCGCUAUCGUUGUACUCAUGGCCAGUGCAGAGCACCACAGGCGCCUGACGAGAAGUGUUAUUGUUGUUAUAAAAUAACUAAUGUGCAUUUGCAUUGUUCCUCUUGCUUUAUUCCUGAACCAUGAACAGGUCCCAACUCAAGCGAUCCAGAAUAUUAAAAAUGGCUUUCUCAGAAUCCACUCGGUCGGAUAAAGACGAGCCCUUUAUCCUGAAAGCGAGCAAAAUCGCUGCGGUUGUCGCUCUUUAUUGGUUCAUCUCGAUUUCCAUGGUUUUCCUGAACAACUACCUGCUAGACAGCAAGGAGCUGGACGCGCCUGUCUUCAUCACAUUCUUCCAGUGUGUUGUUAGCGUCGGGCUGUGCUGGAUCUUGCACUUUCUCUCGAAGUUAUGCCCAGGGUUCGUGGAUUUCCCGUCUUUGAAAUUUGAUUUCAGAGUGUCCAGAGAGGUUUUGCCGCUGACCGUCGUGUUCAUCGGCAUGAUCACCUUCAACAACUUGUGCCUGAAAUAUGUGGGAGUUGCCUUCUACACCGUGGGCCGCUCGCUUUCCACCGUGUUUAACGUGCUGCUGUCCUACGCGGUUCUGAAGCAGACCACGUCCUUCUACGCGGUGCUGUGCUGCGGAGUCAUUCUAGGUGGAUUCUGGCUGGGUGUGGACCAGGAAUCUGUGGCAGGUUCACUUUCUUGGACAGGCGUCGUUUUUGGCGUAAUUGCCAGUCUUUGUGUAUCUCUCAAUGCCAUCUACACAAAAAAAGUGAUGCCGGUGGUGGAUGGAAAUAUCUGGAAGCUCUCCUACUACAACAACCUCAAUGCCAGUGUACUUUUUAUUCCACUUAUUGUUGUUUUAGGCGAACUGAAAAGCUUGUUGGAGUUUAACCGACUGACACACUUACAUUUUUGGGGCAUGAUGAUUUUGGGUGGAGUUUUUGGCUUUGCCAUCGGUUACGUGACGGGACUUCAGAUCAAAUUCACCAGUCCAUUGACGCACAAUGUGUCUGGCACAGCCAAAUCCUGCGCACAGACCGUGUUGGCGGUCAUCUACUCGGCCUCCAGUAAGAGUGCGCUCUGGUGGACAAGCAAUAUGAUGGUGCUGGCCGGAUCCUUCGCCUACACCUGGGUCAAAGGACUCGAGAUGAAGAAAGUUCAAAUGCCUCCAGAAACACAAACCACAAGCACUCAAAAAAGUAAAGAGGAUUCUGCGGUGUGAAAAAUGGUUUUGGAGUAACUUUGUUGUAGAGACUGUCUGUUCAGCACAUCUAUAUAUACAGUACAUAGGUGUAUUUAUUUACUUUGUAGUGUAAAUGCUAAUUAUUAAAACCUGUUUAACGAAACUCUAUUUGUUUAGUAACACCAUAUACAGACAUUUCUGAGAAAAAUGCAUUUACUUUUUCAAAUUUUUAUUCGGUGGCAAAAAACGUUAAACUUCCGUUUUUGCGGUAGCUCUUUAGCAUCACUGUUGAAAAGUAAUUAGCUGGUGAAGUGGAUU